AUGCUCAGUCUACUGCGCCCCCUACUGGUCGCCUGCGUGUACACGCUGCUGCUGCCCGGAGGUCAGGGCAGGAUCCCCGGUUACUACAACGGGUUCCACUACCAGGACAUCAGCAACGGCAAUGGCAACGGAGAGAUCUAUUUCGAUGGGGUUCGUCUCCAUGUGGAAUCCCCGGAGCCUUCAGUGUCAGCCUCCAGGGGGAGCAGUGUCACCCUUCCCUGUCACUACCACUACGAGCCUGAGAUCGCCACACCACGAAGGACCCGGGUCAAGUGGUCCUGGUUGCCUGCCAACACCAACGCUGCACCUGCUUCCCAUGAAGCCCUCGCCAGCGAAACUGAGGUUAUGGUUGCCAUGGGAAACCGUCACCGCACAUAUGGAAACUUCCGGGGCCGUGUGCGCCUGAAACGCUCAGCACCGGGGGACAUGUCUCUUGUGAUCAAUGAGCUGCAGCUUAAUGAUACAGGAAGAUAUCGCUGUGAGGUGAUUGACGGCCUGGAGGACGAGAGUGUGACUGUGGAGCUGGAGCUGCGAGGUGUGGCGUUUCCCUACUACUCUCAGAAAGGACGCUACCAUUUUAACUUCUUCGGGGCCCGCCAAGCAUGCCAGGAUCAGGAUGCCACUCUAGCUACAUUUGAGCAGCUCUUCGUGGCGUGGGAAGAGGGAUUAGACUGGUGUAACGCCGGCUGGUUGGCUGAUGGUACAGUGCAGUAUCCAAUCACAGUCCCACGAGAUGGCUGCGGAGGCAUGGACUUAGCUCCUGGUUUGCGAAGCUAUGGUCAGCGCCAUCGCCUCUUCCACAGCUAUGAUGCCUUCUGCUUCUCCGCCUCUGUCAAGGGAGGUGUGUACUUCUUAAAGCACCUGACCAAGCUUAAUUUCACUGAGGCUGUCCAGGCAUGUGCCAUUGAUGGAAGUCAGAUUGCCAAAGUGGGCCAGCUGUACGCCGCCUGGAGGCUGAUGGGGUUUGACCGCUGCGAUGCUGGCUGGUUGGCUGACGGGAGUGUGCGUUAUCCUAUCACAAAAGCUCGGGCUAACUGUGGCCCGCCUGAACCAGGGGUGCGUAGUUUCGGGUUCCCCCCUCUGCACCUUAAGUUUGGUGUCUACUGCUAUCGGUAG